UUUGCAAAAUACCUAACAGAGCUUAGCUCCAACUUCUCUUCACCCAACCAUGAAAUCACAAUCCCAAAACCACAAGACUAAAAUGACUCCCAAGUUUCCCUCUGAGCCUUUGUGUACUAAAGCCUCUUGCUUCUUCUGCACCAUGAAUGAGCCAAGCCCUUCUCUUAGAAAAUCCAAAAUCAGUAAGUUCUUCAAGGACUUGCCUCUCAGAAAUGACCAAGAACAAGUCCUUGCACUAAGCUCUCUUUGGAACAUAGCCAUGAAGCAGCCAAACGACCCUGAAUUCCCUUCCCUCGGAAUAUUCGAAUGCAUGGCAAAGCUCAUCAACAAAGGCAUCAAUGACAGAAAAUGGCUGCUGAGUGACCAGAACAUCUACAUCCCUUACUAUGCUGCUCAUAUCAUUGGCUCUUACACCAUGAACAAGGCUCAGUUUGCAGAAAAGGCUUUGAAAUCCGGGGUGGUUCUGCCAUUGAUGGAGUUGAUGAGAGGCAAGAUCACUUGGGUUGAGCAAAGAGUGGCAGUUCGAGCUCUUGGUCACAUGGCUAGUCAUGACAAGAUUGUCGAGUCCAUUAUUGCUUUGAAGCAUGAAGUCAAGAUUGUUGAGUUGGCUAUGAAGACAGCCACUACAUGUUUGAAGAGGGUGUACGAUGAGUUCAUCGGAUUGGAGAAGUCGAAGAGAUUGAAGUACCAUAGUGAUUUGAUAACAAGAGGGCUUGGGGGGUUGGAAGUUGAGAGCAGAAAAGCUGAGGAAUGGGGUAGUCAGCUUCAGUGUUGGUCUCUAAAUCUUCUAAACUGCUUUGUCAGCAAAGAAAGCUGUUUAGGUUUGAUCUGCAAGAGAGAGUUCUUGAUUCAAGUUUGUGGGAUAUGGGGUGGUUUAGCAAAUCCAAAUUCACCUGGUGGGAUUGGAUUGUUGAAAGCAGUUUGUCAAACCAAGUUUGGAAGACAAAGUGUGGCAAAUUCACAAGAAGUUAUAGAGAGAUUAUGUAAUCUAUCAAGGUCUUCAGAUAAUUGGAAAUUAAUGGCGAUUGAUUGUCUUUUGCUACUUCUCAAAGACCCUGAAACCCGAGUCAGAGUGGUGGAGAUUUCAGUUGUGUAUCUUGUCGAUUUGGUUGAAAUGAGAAGGCCAAAACUGGGAGACAGAAUCACACAGACGCUUUUGCAAGAUUACCAUAAAAUCAAGUAUGGGGAUUUAAGAUUGGGGAGCAAGAAAGCUGAGAGAGCAUUGGAGGAGACAUGGGAUUUGAAGGUAGAGAGAAAAAAGAAGGAGAAGUUAAUGUCAAAACAAGAAAUCAGAGAGAGAAAAUCAUUGGUGGGGAAGUUGAAAAAGCAAGGGAAUAUGAGUUUUCGGGCAGGGAAUAUUGAAAAAGCAGUGAUAGAAUACUCAAAGGCAUUGGAUUUGUGCCCUCUGAAAAUGAGGAGGGAAAGGGUUGUGGUUUAUAGUAAUAGGGCACAGUGUUACUUGUUGAUGAAGAAUCCAGAGGCAGCCAUUAGUGACACAACUAGAGCUCUGUGUUUGUCCUCAGGUGAGGCGAGGGUUCAUGGUAAGAGCUUGUGGAGGAGGUCACAGGCUUAUGAGAUGCAAGGGUUGGCAAGGGAGAGCUUGAUGGAUUGCUUGGAGUUUGUUAAUGGACGAAGGCUGAAGUCUGAGCAGGGAAAAGACGGGAGGAUCCCCUACUACGCGGCACGGAUGAUCAGCAAGCAGUUUAGCGCCACGUGGACGUACAACAUACCGGAGGAUUUUUCUUUUUCCGGCAAGCCUACCGUUGUAGAAGAAAAGUUCACUGAAAGAAGGAGAAAGGUAAAAAGGGAGAGAAGAAUAGAAGAGGGUGUCAUUGUCAAUGCCAAGGCAAGAUAGGGUAAGGGAUAUUUUUACAUGCACGGUUUAAAAUUUAGAUAUAAUUUUUCUCGUCCAUUAAUAAUAUAACAGUGAAUUUCCCAUGCAUAUAAUCAAAGAGAUGUAUGUAAAUUAGUAGACAUUACUUAUGUUUGUAAGUUUUUUAGGAAACUAAGAUCGAAGAAACAAGAACUCAGUCGCAUUUCGUGUUCAUCUGUGUUACAGCAACAAUGAAGCUUUGCUU